AUGGUUGACGCAGGUUCGCUGUCCACUGAGUUGACCGAACUGGAGCUUGAGAUGGCUAUCCAUACUAUCGGUGUGCUGUGGCCGAUCCACCCAACCAUUGAGCACGUGGUUCUGCCCAAACACAAGCGUGCGUUUAACCGUCUUCCAGAAACUAUGUUCCUACUCAAUUUCGUCAUCACUCAGGGUGGAUGGCGUGUACAAGCCUCUGCUCUGGCCAGCGUGAUAGCUAUCUUGACCAAAGUGUCCCCAAGACAGACCACCGAUUUAUUGAGUCGGUUAUCUUCGCCUCCCCCAUUAGACGAGCAAGUUGGUGUACGUGACUUGGCCACUCGUCUUCGCCGUGCCCUGGAUAAUACGAAAAAUAGGCCAGUUCGCCAGCAUGCCAUGGCCGCUAUUGCCGCUCUUCUCAACCACUCGAGUUAG